AUGUCUCAAUUUACAUGGAAAGAUCUCAUCCAAUUAAACUCGGACUCUAAAUCCUACCUUUCACCUCUAUCAUGUAUGGCACACGUUGAUGUGAAUGCUUUUUUUGCACAAGCAGAGCAAAUACGAUGUGGCUAUACAAGAGAUGAUCCAAUUGUGUGUGUUCAAUGGAAUUCAAUUAUCGCAGUUUCAUAUGCAGCAAGGAAGUAUGGGAUCUCAAGAUUAGACACUAUUGGUUCUGCGAUGGAAAAGUCCGGUAACAAACUGAUUCCUAUACAUACAGCCGUUUUUAGAAGAGGAGAAGAUUACUGGCAAUACCAUGAUGGGUGUGGUUCUUGGAAUAGCGACAAGAGUAAACAAAUUCCUGCAAACCUAUACAAAGUCUCCUUGGAUCCUUAUCGAAGAGAGAGUCGGAAAAUAUUCAGAAUAUUUCGUAAACAUAGUGAUAGAGUUGAGAAAGCUAGUGUAGACGAAGUCUUUCUUGAUCUAGGGAAGCUUUGUUUUCAAAGAUUAUUAACAGAAGAUAUAAUAUCGAAAAGUACAGAAAAUUGUGAAAGUCUUGGAAUCUUAAGAGAAAUUUUUCAACAAGGAGAGUAUAACAUAGAUUCGACACUACCUACCGUGCCUGAGGAAUUGAAACUUUUGAAUUUUGUUGGAGAUGUUUACAAUCCUGAAAAUAAACCAUUGAUUGAAGAUUGGGAUGAUGUUAUAUUUGCAAUUGGUUCCCAACUUGUAGGAGAGAUGCGGGAUGAUAUUGAGGAUUCAUUGGGUUUUACAACAUCUGCAGGAAUAGCAAGAACAAAAUAUGUCGCUAAAUUAGGUUCAAAUUUUAAGAAACCAGAUGCACAGACAGUAAUUCUAAACAAAUAUGUUCAGGACUUUUUGGAUGGAGAAUCUUUUGAUAUUACAAGCUUUUGGACAUUCGGUGGGAAAAUAGGUAAUGAGAUAUGUACUUUAUUGAAAACCCCAGAAACUGGUAGUAUUAAGUUUAUAAGGGAAAAUUGGCCCGAUGGUCCUCAAGGGUUGCACAAUUAUCUGAAUAAAAGAAUUCUAGAAUUAUCAAAUACAAACGAAAUUCAAACAUUAGAUUCUUCCAAGACAGAAGCUCUUUCUCAGAAAUUGUAUGAUAUUUCAAGAGGUAAAUUUCUAUUACCACUAAAUGAGAAGCCGAUCGUAAAAUCAAUGAUGUCAAAUAAAAAUAUGAGGAAAGAUAGUUGUUGUAAUAUUAUUCAUGCCAUAUCAUGGAUAGAGGUUUUUUCUGGUGAGUUAACAGCAAGAAUUAAAGAACUAGAACAAGAAUAUUCUAAACUGAUUGUGCCAAAAACCGUUGUCCUCUUAGCGACUACCCUUAAAAAGAAGGUUUACAGAAAAACAGGACAUUUUAUACAUAACCACAGCGAACUUACACCGAAGGAUUUUAUUCAAAUUGGUACAAAACUAAUGCAAGAUAUCGAUAACGAAAAUUAUGGAGCUAAGAAUUCUUUCUUUUAUCCUUUGUUAAACUUGAGUAUUACAAUAUCUAAUUUUGAAAUCUUCGAUACGAAUAAGACGAUAGUUGACAUGUUUGGGAAUCAUGCCAAAAUUUUAACUAAAACAACUAAUAAUACUAAAGAAGUUGAAGGAGGGAAACAGGAGGAACUUAAUCUGUUUUGUUGUAAGUUUUGUAAUAUUAAUUUUGAAACUAAUAAGGAAUUUCAAGAACACAAGGACUUCCAUGUCGCCCUGAAACUUUCUGACGCGAUGAAUGGAAUAUCUGAAGAUUCCAAAAAUCUUACAAUAGGUGAAAGGCGGUUAUUAUUGAAUAAAAAGAGGAAGAAUUUUGAUAAAACGCCACCCAAAACUAAUAAAAAGUCUAAAGGGAAACGUGGCUCCACUCCCGGUAUAUUAAGUUUUUUUUCAAAAUGA